AUAAUAAAGGGAGGAGAGAGAGAGUAAGAAAGGAAGGUGGGGAGAAAGAGAAGUCAAGUAAAUUAACUCAAGCCAUGGAAGGUGUAAACUUAAUCCCUCCGUUUUAUCUAAAUUACAUCGCAAACCACUGCUCAGAAAAUACUAUUUCAUGUUGAUUCUUUAUUAGUUUUUUUUUUUCACCAAUAGAGACCCCGGACAAGUAGGAAAUAAUUUAUUUCUAGAUUUAUUUACGUCUUUUUUAUGCUUUAAUUUCUAACUGAAUCUCACCAGUUGUUGACAUUGCCUUUUCACUUUAUAAUCCGUCUCAUUGAACACAUUUCGCCAAAACUAUAAUAUUUACCUCGGUUUUAUUAUUGGGCUUUUAUUUUUGGCAAAUAUCAAUUAUAUGAAGUAAGUUCUUGUUUAAUAUCAUUAACUACUAUUUUCUUUUCUGAUCGUCCAUCCGUCUUACUACAGCUUUCUACCGUCCAGCAUCAGUUUUAUUUCGAUUGCUGUUACCUUGAAAGGAGGACAUAUUUCUUCCCUAUAUUUUUUAAAUUAACAUCAACAACACAAUACCAACCUGUCGUGCAGGUGAAAGAAAAAAAAACAAUUGAAAUUAUUGAGAAGAUAGCAAACCAGCAGAAGAAAGUCGUUAAUCUUCCUCCUGUUAAUUAUGUAAAUAUUCUAUUUUUAUUUUAACUUAUUUCAUAUUCACCCUUCUACGAAACGUCCAAUGCAGAAUACUUGAAGAAAUUUGUAAUCGAAUUUUGCUGCUCAUUUUCUGAAAUAGAAAUAAUUCUAACGAUAAUUUAAUGUUUCUCAAGACAGGAGGAAAUUUGACACCAAGAACAUCCGACAGUUCGUUUGCUUCCGAAAUUAUUUACUCGUGUUUCGUUUUUGUUUUCUUUUAAAUUUUUCUAUAUCUACUGGACUAUCCGAAAUUAGACAUGACUUUUUCCAUGGGUGUUUCGUGGUUCCUUCCAAGCUUUCAUUGCUUUACUGCUGCUGAUAAUUUAAAGAAACGCGUCUGGAUGUCUUGUGUACCACCACUGAAUGUUUCUUGAUUCCAAAUGGCCUGACAUGGAUCGCCCUCUCUUCUGAGUCCUCUCUAUUUACUGACGAACAUCGAAGCUGCAAGUGCUACCUAUAAUCCGUCCAUCAUUCCGUCACUUAAAAACCUCAUUUUGUUGGGGGUUUUGCCACUAUCAAUUAACCAGCCUUCAAUAUGGAUUUAUAAUGAAACAAAUCAUGUAACGAAACUAAUGAGAAUCAUUUGUAAAAUCUAAUUAAUCGGACCAUAUUACUUAUUUACAUUUCUUAUUUAUUUAUUCUCCUUCGUCUUCAACGAACAACCUUUCCACAUACCAAGUUGUAAAUGAAUAGUCAACUAUAAUUAGAUAUUGUAACAAACAUACCAGCUACUGCAUUGCUGAAGGAAGUGUUCGUUAUAUAAAUGCUCGCUCGAGCCUGUAAGCUUCAGCUUGUUUCUACUCAACCUCCUAUAUUACACACCAUAUUCAGUGUCCCAACCAAGUUUUUAAAAAUCGUCAUCGUACUGUUUGCAUGAAAGUUAUUCUUUUGAAUAACUUUUACAGUUCCAAGGCGCUAUCUUAUAUUGACAGUCUAAUACACACACUAACGAGUUUUUCUAGAUAGUGUUGGUAUUAUCUCUACUGAUCAAAAUCUGUUAUGGUUUAAGUCGGAAUAUAUACAAAUAUACAAGAAGAAGUGUGUAACAUUGACUUGUGAGAAAGAAACUACGUUGUCCAGUAUCAUUUGCAGCAGGCUUUUACAAUGAAGUUUGCCAUGUGGAAGAAAUCCUCCAUGUGGAUUUUAUUUGGAGGAAUGGUGAUGUUUUUCCUGUCAUUAAGCACUUGUUUCGCCUAUCUACUGGCCGGUGUCUACCACCGGUGGCAACUCGACAGGAAAGAAUCGGUUGAAUUACAAAACAUAAUGGUGUCUCUGGGCCGGCUGAAAGACAACUCCAAUGUAUAUAAAGUCCUGCAAGAGGAACUAAUGGAAUCUACAGUUCAAAGAGUAUUUCCAUGGUUACCAAAGAACAACACUUUGCCAAACUAUUUCUUUCACCAGCAAACCAGAAAGUCUCCAGCCAGUUACCAACACAGCAAUAUCGUCUUUAUGACAAAUACUCAUGACAGUAGCAAUUCAUUCUCAGAUUGUCUUCAUGACAUAGCCACUGACCACUCGUUGCCCAUGUCUCCAUUCAUGUCCAUUCGCAACCGGAGGGCAUGGGAAGAGGCUGAGGGCAACGAGCGCAUGCUCCAUGACCGGAUUAAGAUCCACCAUGGAAAUUAUGCCUUUGGCAUGUGCGAGAAUCUCACCAGUUCAUGCUCGUAUUUUUUAAUGCUCCAAGAUCCAAUAGAGCGAGCCAUCUCGACCUACCAUUACUGUAAGGAUGCCAUCAGAGAUGAACUCUGCAGUGUAGUGAAUGCCAACAAAGUUUCCGUCCAUGAUUGGGCAGUCCACCAAGGAAGUUUGUUCUUCCGUCAGUUAUUGUUCAAACCUGACUUUUGCGACAUAGAAGUGAAUAGUUCUCUCAUAGCAGUCCAAAAUAUUAACAAGCUCCCCUGUUGGUACAAGCAAAAGCUUUAUUUUGAUUCCUUAUCGAAUGCUGAUGUUACAGAAGCUCUCAACUAUGUUGGAAAGCAUCUUGACCAGUGGUUUUCAGUUGUGGGUCACGUCGAUGACUACUCCGCCUCCGUCAAAAUGUUUGAAUAUGUUUACCGGUUACCAUUUUCUAAAUGUUAUGAUUCCUCUCUGGCCUUCCAAGAAGAACCUAGCAAUAAUAACAGGGCAUACACAGUAGAUCAAAAUGAAGAAACUUUAGACAAGCAAGAAGUGUUCCUUCUAAAACAAAGUGUCACUGUUCAAAAAGCUUUACAUGCCGACUACAGAAUUUAUAAUGAAGCCAAAAAGUUAUACCAAAUUCAAAGACAGGUUUUAUUUAAUCAAAUAGGACAUUAAUGAGAUGUUUGAUAACAAUCUGAUCAUUGAUGAAACCAAGCAACAAUUUGUAUAUAGACUGUAUUGUGUAUAUAAAAAUCAACAACUGUACAUCUGUAUAAAGUAUUUAAAAAGAUUUUACAUUCUAAAAUA